ACGGGGGGUUGGGUAGCAGUGCCGAUUGGUUGCUGCUCACCAACACAGUCAGUCUGGGCUUGUUUUAACAUAACCGGGGGCACUUCGACAGCAGGCAAAAUCAUGUAGUAAAUAAGCUGCUGUGGCUGUUAGGGGACCGGUUAUGGCACACUGAAUUUCGCCGCUGUGUGCUGUUGCAGCGUAAUGGAGAUUUACUUGUUAUUUAGUGUUUAAGGUGACAGUUUUUAGGGGGCCGCCGCUGAUGAGGCGAUGAAGUGCAGAGAAUGAGAGCUGUGCCUUGGCCUACUGCUAGUGCUGCUGCAGCUGGGAUUGUGCAGAUCCGCUUUCACAAACCGAGAAAAAUACUCGCUUUGUGCAACAUUAUCAAACAUCCGCUGUUUGUUUCACGCUGACCGAUCUCCAAAUGGAUAUAGCCAUGACAACAUGAAUCAGUCAUACAGGCCGGCUCAUAGGGUAGGCUCAGUGUUUGGCUCAGGCCAGCCAGAGCUGAGGCCCCGCAAUGGUCUUGUGGGCACUUCCUAUGGAAACCAAUGUGGCAUUGUGAGACGUGGGUCAGACCAACCGUCAGCCGUGCAACUGCCAUCCUCCAGCCUCAAACAGCCAGCUUUACUGGGGUACAAUCAGCCAGACCGAUCUCACUGCUACAGCCCACUGAAGAGGCUGCAGGACCUGAACACUCAGGUCAACAGGCCGGACCUAGAGAGAGACCUCCAUCCAAGGAACCACUUGCGCUGUGCAAGCCCAAUCAGUGAUGAUGAUGAGUUUGAAGCACCUUCAGUCCAGCUGCCUCCUUCUCCAGGCAAUGAUGAUAUGGAGCCCUUUGAGACUCUGCAGGACGUGAGCAGAAAUGGCUUCUCACCUCACAGUCCUGACAGCAUGGAGCGCUGCUCUCCCAUCCCCAAUGGUUACCUGCAUUUUGAGUCCACGCUGUUUGACAGCAGUGACAUCAAGGAGGAGGAUGAGGAGGGGGAGGACAGUUGUAGUGAGGACAUGGUGUCAUUUCACCAUUCCCAAAAGUUGAGUCAGGACAGAACUGUGAUGGACCGUAAAACCACCAGCAGCUCAGAGGUGGAUAAAAGAACAUACAAGCCUACUGUAUUUAACCUGAUGUCCAAAACUAUAUCUGAACUCAACCCUACACUAAGCCCCAGUGCACUGCCAGAAAUCACUAUGAGAGAUGGGUGGAGCUUGGGUGAGGAAUCAGACAGUGAUGGUGAACUUACCUCUCCUGUUGACCCUGGACUUCUUUCACCAGCUGGCACCAACUCUAAUUCCAACAGCCCAAAGAAAAAGCCUCUUCCUGCUGUGAAAUAUAUAGAAGGGGACUUGGUGUGGGCUAAAUUCAACCGACGGCCCUGGUGGCCCUGCCACAUCACCUGUGACCCAGACCAGGGGAUCUACACUAAGAUGAAAGUCCCCAGUCCUCGCCCUUGUCGGAUGUAUUUCCUGGAGACUAUUGGGGAGAUCGUAGAAAGUGCCUGGGUUCCCGGGAAUGUCGUUCUUCCUUUUGAAGGAGGCCAUCAGUUUGGAGAACUACCUGUACUGAGGCGGAGAGGAAAGCAAAAGGAGAAAGACUACAAGUAUACGAUACCCAAAAGUUUACUGACUGCAUGGAAAGUCAGUGUGGCAGAAGCUGAGGGUCUUCUGCCGGGGCGACAAAGGAAGACUGAAAGUAUGCCUUCAAUAUCUGUCAACGGAGAGGAGCGUGUGCCCAGCCCACUACCCGCUGAAAAGCCACAGGAGGCCCCUUCUGUCUCUGUGGAUUCUGGUCCACCCCUAUCACCCAAUAUGGCCCCCAAUGGAAAUGAGCACGAUCUCAUCAAAAACUCUGCUGCAGUCCAGUUCACUAAGAGCAAAUCUUGUAAGAAGAAAAAGAAAUGUUUGUCAGACAUAUUUGGCCAUAUAGUUGGUGGAUCAAAGGAGUCAUCAACCAUCAACAACAUGGCAGAUCAGUUUCAUACAACAACUCGUGCACUGAAAGAUGAGCCAAAGGACUCACCUUAUGCAGACCUGGAUUCGGUUCCAAUACUGCAUCGUCCUAAACGCACAGCAGUGUCUCCAUUACAGGAUAGAGACAGAUCGGUCAGUAAAGCACAGAGUUCAACAAAAGCUAAAACAAAGUCUACUGAAAAAGUGAGCCAUUCUACAGAUCUAUAUGAUUCCUCGAGCAUUUUAACAAAGACAUUGACAUCUAAAGACACAAAUUCUGACCGGAGUUUGGGGAACUGUAGUGAAUACAGUUCAACUGAAAAGCACUCUAUGAAUCUUCCUGCCAGCAGUCGUCUGAUAACGAGGGCUCUGAAAGCAGAAGAAGAGACAGAUCUUAAAGAUGCACUGGCUACAAGCCAAAUCUCAUCGGAUGCCCACGCUGAUGAUUGUCUUGGCAAUACACCUACUGAUGCACCCAAAACUGAAAGGUCUCCUAACUGGGAAUCACCAGGCAAUGCAUCAUCCUCUACAAAUCACAGCUCUCCAAAAAGGCGUGCCAGAAAGCCUGAUAAGAAACAUAUUCGUAAUGGCUCAUUGAUAAAGUCUAAGUGUGUGGACUCAAGUAUACCCACUGCGCAACCGGUCAAAGUCAAAACAGAAAACCCAGAUCUAUCAUCUUCUACUUCCCCAUCCUCAUCUUUGUCUCCAAUGGAUGCUUUCCAGGAUGUCAAGGAACUAACGUUUAAAUCUCUUGUGAAGGAGGACAGCAGUGACUCUGAGUUGACUGCAUUCCGGCCUGAUUCCAAUUAUAAAUUCAGUACCUUCCUGAUGCUCCUGAAAGACAUGCAUGAUACCAGGGAACAAGAAGGUAAACCCCUGGCUCUACCGCCAUCGCCAGUCCUGAUUAAGGAGGAACCCCUGGUCAUCCCUACUUCUUCAGGAGGGAGCCCGCUGAAGGGUUCUUGUGAUGGUUUUACCCAAGGGAUCAAAACGGAGAAUGGGAGGUCAGGGAAAUCCACAACAUCUCAAAACACAUCAGUGAAAAACAAGAAUAGGACUAAAGCUAUCAUGACAGCUGACACGUACCAUUGCGAAGGCUUUCCCGGUCGCUCUCAGAUCGGGAGCGCAGACAAGCAGCGUAGAAAACAAAGAUUACCUGCCAAACUUAAACUCAGCAUACCUGGCCUUUCUUCGGACCUGGCUGACUUGGCUUACGGCAGGGAGUUUGUUAGUGGCCACGCUGACUUGGCUCAUCCUGGGUCUCGUCCUCCCAGCGCUGCAGAUCCCUCGGCCAGCUACCUCGAUAAGAACUCAGGAUCAACAGUGGCUCCAAAGAAGCGCUGGCAGAUGGUUGAGGGGACUGCUGAGAAUAAGAGUGAAGUUAUAAGUGAAGCGUCUGCUGAGAUGAAUGGGUCCUACACCAUGAGAGAAUCACCAGAUCUUGAUCUGGGGGUUGACAAGCAGGCAGAGAAUGACUCCCUCUUCUCAGAGAACGGCAGCGCGGGCGGGAAUUCGGAAAACAAACGUCUCCGGAAACCAACUAAAAGGCUCCUGGAGUCAACUGAGGAGUAUGAACAAAUAUUUGCCCCUAAAAAGAAAUCAAAGAGACACGCCUCAGAAUCUUCCAAAAUGCAGAUAUCAGGUAUGACGGCACUCUAUGAUCUCAGCCCAACAUCGGGAAUAAAUACCUCAGCCUCAUCUUCUGUUGAGCACGGCGAGGCUACGACUGAGCUGGAGCAGAGUCCAUCUCCGGAUGAACUUUCUCCUGUAGCAUCCUCAGUAUCCCCAGCCCCAACUCAACCCUCCCUUGAUGCAGAGACAGCAGAAGAAACUGAUCUACCUCCUGAAUCUGACACAGGGUUAUUGGCCCAAGAGAGAAAGAGGCCAAGGAAGCUGUCACACAGGGUGCUGGAUUGUACCAUAGAAGAAGUGUCUGUUGCUCAUACAAAGAAGAAGGAGCCAAAGCGACACAGUGGAGUUACCUCAGAGGUGAAAGUGUUAGUCAAGAAAACUCAGGUUGGAUCUGUGAGGAAAGAGAAGCCUUUACCAGGCACAUCUUCUGCGUCUGCUGCUGCCCCACAGCGCUCGGAGAGCAAAGAUCUCCCCGUGGUCCUCACUCCAAACAGGCCUCCCAGCCCUCGAGGAUCCAAAACCCCCAAGCAGGAGGCCGAGGUGGAGGCCUGCAGCAAUGAGGAGAAACAACAUGUAAACACUGGAACACUAACUCCCAAACCCGAGGUGCAGUCUUUAAGUUUAAAUGACAGUCUGUCUUCUCCAGUGGAUGUAAAAGGGAAAAUAGGAGCUACAUCCCUAAAGGAGAACGUCUGUCAGGUGUGUGAGAGGACAGGAGACCUGCUGGUGUGUGACGGCCACUGUUAUGGGGCCUUUCACCUGCAGUGUAUCGGCCUGUCAGUGGCUCCCAAGGGGAAAUUCCUCUGUCGUGAAUGCAAAGCUGGUGUCCACAUGUGCUAUGUGUGUAAGAAGUCUGGUAAUGGGGUAAAGCGCUGCAUUAUACCAUUGUGUGGGAAGUUCUACCACAGCGACUGCAUUCUGGCGUACUCCGCCACCCAGCCACAUAACAAAGGCGUCCGCUGCCCUCUCCACGUGUGUCUGUCCUGCCACAUCACUAACCCUCUCAACAUCUGUAGCUCUAAAGGUCGGUUGGCUCGAUGUGUUCGCUGCCCUGUGGCCUAUCACGCCAAUGACAACUGCAUGGCAGCAGGCAGCUUGGUGCUGGCAAACAACAGUUUCCUCUGUCCAAACCACUUUACUCCCCGCAAGGGAUGCAAGAACCACGAACACAUCAACGUUAGCUGGUGCUUUGUGUGCUCUGAGGGGGGCAGUCUGCUGUGCUGUGAGGCCUGUCCUGCUGCUUUCCAUCGGGAAUGUUUGAAUAUGGAGAUGCCUCAGGGCAGCUGGUUCUGCAAUGACUGCAAAGCUGGAAAGAGGCCUCGUAUUAAGGACAUACUUUGGGUCAAAUGGGGACGUUACAGGUGGUGGCCUGCUGAAGUCUGUCUGGCCAAAGAUGUCCCAAACAACAUUCUGAGGAUGAAACAUGAGGUGGGAGAGUUUCCAGUGCAAUUCUUUGGCUCCAAAGAUUUUGUGUGGACGUACCAAGCCAGAGUCUUCCCCUACAUGGAGGGCGACACACACAACAUAGAGAAAAUGGGAAAGGGUGCAGAUGCAGUCUACAAAAAGGCCUUGACUGAAGCAGCAGAGCGGUUCAGAGAGCUGCAGGCAGAAAAAGAGAUGAAGCAGCUUCAGGAGGAAAGAAAGAACGACAAGAAGCCUCCUCCCUACAGGCACAUUAGGGUGAACCGGCCCAUUGGGAAGGUGCAGAUCAUUACUGCCGACCUAUCAGAGAUCCCACGAUGCAACUGUAAGGCGUCCGACGAGAACCCGUGCGGCGUCGACUCAGAGUGCAUUAACCGCAUGCUGAUGUACGAGUGCCACCCUCAGGUGUGCGCGGCAGGAGAGCGAUGUCAGAACCAGGCUUUCACAAAGCGACAGUACACACCUGUGGAGAUUUUGAGGUCGCUGUCCUGCGGAUGGGGUUUGGUCGGUUUGUCGGACAUCAAGAAGGGAGCCUUUGUGUGUGAAUAUGUAGGAGAGGUGAUCGAUGAGGAAGAAUGCCGAGCCCGGAUCAAACACGCCCAGGAGAACGACAUCUCUAACUUCUACAUGCUUACACUGGACAAGGACCGGAUCAUUGAUGCCGGACCCAAAGGGAACCAUGCUCGCUUCAUGAAUCACUGCUGCCAGCCAAACUGUGAGACUCAGAAGUGGACUGUGAAUGGGGACACUAGGGUGGGACUUUUUGCUCUGCAAGACAUCCCAAAAGGUGUGGAGCUGAAUUUCAACUACAACCUGGAGUGUCUUGGCAACGGGAAAACUGUCUGUAAAUGUGGAGCGCCCAACUGCAGUGGUUUCCUGGGUGUCCGGCCAAAGAAUCAGCCAUCGGCUGAGAAACUGAAACUGAAGGAAGGUAAGAGGAGGGUGCCCAUGAAGAAGAAGACCAAGCAAGAAGUGACAAAGGAGAGGGAAGACGAGUGCUUCAGCUGUGGUGACGGGGGGCAGAUAGUGUCCUGUAAGAAGCCGGGUUGUCCAAAGGUCUAUCACGCUGACUGUCUCAACCUGGCCAAGAGGCCUGCAGGGCGGUGGGAGUGUCCGUGGCACCAGUGUGACGUCUGUGGUAAAGAGGCAGCUUCGUUCUGUGAGAUGUGCCCCAGCUCUUACUGUAAGGAGCAUCGUGAAGGCAUGCUCUUCAUUUCCAAACUGGACGGCAAGCUGUCCUGCAGUGAACACGACCCCUGUGGGCCUGACCCACUUGAGCCAGGGGAGAUUCGUGAAUACGUGCCCAACAUGACCUCCAUGAGGUCCGGGGUCAUGGCUGUGCCUGGCGCUCUCUCGCUGGACUCGGACUCCAUAGGAGCCAGCUCUGCUCCUGUCACUUCCCCUGCCGACCAAGCCGCGUCGGACGGCCAGGGGCCUCCUCCUCGUCUCUACAUCAACACAAAGACUGCUACCUCGAGCUUUGUCCCCUCCAGCAGGUCUUACCGCACGGACAGGACUCAAGGGAAAGGGUUUUCCACUCCGACCUCCUCCAAGGACGAGAGAGAGGACGGUGAGGUGGAGGACGGAGAGGUGUGUGGGUUAGAGAUGGAGGAGGUUGAAGAUGAUGAUGAUGAUGAUGAAGAAGAAGCGGAGGAGGAGGAUGAGGAGGAGGACGAUGAUGAUGACAUGGAAGAGAUGGAGAUAGUAGAAGAUGAGGAGGAUGAGCCUCUGUAUGGAGAGGAUUUGCUGGAGGAAGGCGAUGAUGAGGAGGAGGAGGAGGAAGGAGGGGAUGUGUACGACAGCUGGGGCGGUUAUGUGGACGAAGAUGCUGAUGAAGAUGAUGGAGAGGUGGAGGGGGAGGACUUGGAGGAGUGGGGGAGGGUGGAGGACGAUGACAAGUGAGUCAGCUCUCCCAUUCAUUCAUAACAACUCGGCAAAAACUGUCAACAUACAUUGAAAGGACAAAAGAGUUAGUAAAAGACUGAGAGUUUGAUAUUUUGGUACCUACUUGAACGCAACACUGCCUUCACUUUGGUACCGCGUUGCCUUCUCAUCCCCAGACUGCUGGACUGACGAUUGGGAUGUGUACUGGUGCUAAGGCUCGAGGACCGACUCAGUCCGUCUCUUUAUACUUCUGUCGAUAUGUUUAUUUGUGUCUGGUGCUGUUAUUUUCUUUUGUUCGUUCUCUCAACAUUGUUUACAUUUUUGGCCUUUUUUUAAUGUUUGGAAUAUAAGAAAAAGGUGAAAAGUUUCACCUGACCAAACUGUCAUCAUAAGGGCAUCUUAUGUUGUUGUUACUGUCUUAAAGUUCUCUUUCUAUUUACAAGAGUGAUCAAAAUAGUGUUCUCACUGGUCCAUGUUACCGUUAGGCACGACAAUACCUGCUUGGUGCUUCCGAGGAAUGCAAAAAUAAACCCACUGGAGUCAUCAGUUCUUCUCACUACAAAACAGCCUGUUCUCUUUGUGAUUUACAGUUUCUGUUGGCAGGUGGUUCAGAGCUCAGGAUCCGAUGCACAGUGAAAUAAUAUCAUGACGUUCUACGUUCUCUCACAGAUAUAACUGACACGUGUUUUGCAUUCAGUUCUGUCCCAUUCAUUAAGUUAGAAAAUAAAAUCAAAGUACUUAUUCACUUGGUAUCCAGUAU